AUGGAACAGACGCAUUAUUCGUCGCUCGCCAACGUGACUUCCUUCUUGCCGUCCCCGGCGGACCUCCUCUUGGCCGUUCCCCGUCUUCUUUCCAAGGCCGGCGCUUUGGGAGAACACAUUGACAGCGUCUUUGGCAAGAUCCGGUCCGGAGGCAGCAUCAUAGCCGAACCGACCGCAGCCAAUCUCACCAACGCGACCGCCGCUACGACUUCGGGCAAGUUCGUCCAGGAAUCCUUUGUGGCGGCAGCCAGUUCGGCUGCGGGCAAUCAGGACGACAUGGGCGUCUUCCAGGCGCUGAAGAACGUGGGCUCGUUCUUUAGCUACAUCACCUCGAAAUGGGCGAUUGCCACGUUCACAAUCGCAAUCCUGCUGAACCGCACCCACUUCUAUGCCUCCAGCCGAGUACCGCUCUCUUUCGACCGCGUAUACCUGCGCAUCGCCCUGUACCUAGCCCCGAUGAUCCUCUUCCUCUAUCGGAUACACACCGUCCUCCAAGCCAUUCGGUGCCAGACAUCGCCGAACUGGUCCGAAAUGCAAUACGGGGCCCCAGGAAGACAGCUGGACACGGAUUUCGGCGGAGAAGGCGGCUUCCUAUGGCGAGCUAGCUCAGCCCUACUUUUCUGGGAAGACCUGGAAGACUCCUGCAGGGCGGUGAGGAUGUUUCCUAUGGAUCCCAGCGCACCACGACCAGCGGGGUCUCUCGCGCUGCUCUGGCCCCUCUUUAUCUCGCUUGGCUUUGGCCAGUUCGUAGAGACCCUCUCUUGUGCCUUGCAGGGACGUCAGCCGAUUCAGGAGGUUGGCAUGACCAUCUUCGAGCACUCACUUGCCUUUGCGGAAGCUGAGGCAGUCGUAACCCGGCCCAUAACACUCGAUUCGAUCCGCUUCUACAAGCCGAGGUCUGUCUUCACACCUGAUGGUACAUCGCUUGCCGUCGGUCGGGCAACCUUAUCGGCUUUCGCAAACGUACCCACCGAAGUUCUAUUGAUAUCAUUGAUAUCAAGCUUCAGUCAUUUCACAAGUAAUUUCCUUGCCAUUACUGGUCACCGGUCCAAAUUCCGACUGGUCACGACGGGCAUAUGGGGGCUCGCGUACAUGUCUACCUUUGCAUGGAGUUUCUACCGAUUUGCUACUAUGGCGACCGAACCUGAACAGCAAGUGGGCAUUCUUAGGUUUCCCACUGUCUGCAUCGUGGGCUUCAUCCCCCACCUUCUUAUUCUCGUGGGUAUAGCAGCUUGCGGACUCAUAUAUCUCCUCGCCUUUGGCUUUACGGUUCUGUCCCCUCCACCCGGCCAACCCAGCAGUCUUUCAUGGAGAGAACGAUGCGCCGUUGCGUAUGCGAAUCUUCACGCCAAUAUCCACUUAUCGGCAAUCACUCCGUUGACCAUCAACUGGAAUGAGGACUUCUACACUGCUAUCCUCAAAAUCGGGUUUACGGUUCUGACGGCGGCGAGCGAGGCGGUUUACCUCAACGAAGGGACCCGAAUCAAUGUGCAUUCUAUGACUUGGCUGGAGAAGAAGAAGCUCCAAGACAUCCUCGCACGCCGAAGGAGGUUCCGGCAGAAUCUGGCUAGCAUUCCGUCUGAGCUGCGCGGAGAUCUGUUAGCCGAAGGAGUUGAGGUCACCGAUAGGCUCAACGCUGAUGUGCCGACUCCGCUUUCUGCAUCCGGCUAUGCGCGCGAACGAAAGACUAGAGGGACAAAUCCGGCUUCGGAUGCUUCUCGAGCUGUCGGACGAGACAGCGGCAUUGGUCUUCAACAGCGCCGCGGUCGCUGGACUUUGACUUACCAAUUCCUGAAAGGGAUCUCUAAGCUGCUGGUGGCUAUCCAAGCCAGGCUGAUAAUGGCGUUGCUGCAAAAGAUACGGAUCACUUACAAUCCGCGAUGGCUGGUUCGUCUUGCCGGACCUCGCGCAAACGAGAAGCCGCAUGUUCCUGACUCCGCGUCUGCCAAUGCUCGAAGCUGGACAGCGUCGGAGCCGUGGCUUCUCAUUGACGAGCAGACUCGCGUCCGCCCUGAUAACACCUUUGAUGUCGAAGCGUUUGCAAGAGAAAGGCUACGCAGGAACAGUAAUCGUGAGAACACUAGUCACCAAGAUUCUGAAGAGCAUCUUACCGAAUACCUUUACAAUUGGUGGAAAGGUGGCGGCAAAUGGGGCGAUGUAGACACCAGCGGCGAUUACGUUCCUUUCCAGGACGACGACACGGCAAGCGUGGUGUCGUUUGCCACGAGCACUGAUAACGAUGAGUGGUCAGAUAUGGGAGAUGGCCAACGCACACCAACCCGGAAUACAUACCAACGCAGCCGAGAGUCUACACCAGUGCCUGAAAACAUGGUCGAUCUGGCCCGCCUAUCUCAUCUUCUCGAUCCAAAGACCAAUGAGGACAAAGAAGAAGCCAAAUUGCUAGCUCGCCAUCUCCAGAGCCCAGGCGUCCUGACGCGGUCGCAGUACCGGAAGGUCCUCGAGCGUGAUGAGGCCAAGAUCCUGACUACCUCGCGCUACCGGAUGGACGGUUUCCCAGACAGCGUACACAUGACGCCAGAAGAGGAAGAGCAACUUCUAGAGGACUUUAUCCUCAACCGCCGCAACGCCUCAGGAGCGCAAGGCACCAGCACCGCCGGCACCUGGGAUACUGGCGCUGAAGGCAUGGGUUCGGAAGGGCCACAAUCACGACUGAGCAGCACUUACGAGCUCGGUCAACUGCGAACACCCACUCGACGUCCCCAACUUUUUAUGCAACCAGAGCCCUCAAACGAAUCCCAAAACGUUUCAGCCCAACAAAUUGCCCCCGAGAACUCUUCCUCCCUCCAGCAUGGACUCCACGAUGAUGAUCAGCCGGCCUCUCUACUCCCUCGCCACCAUGAGGAGCGGAGAGAGCCGUCGCCCCCGAGCGUCUCCGGACGCGAGGGGACACGUACGGGCAGCCGCGAGCGCGAUACGGGUGGAGCCUCGCGACUGAGUCCCGGUUCGCCGUCGCCGAAGAAUAGGAUUGCAGAAUAUGAGAACUCUUUGGUUCAAUCUGCCCGGAAGAGAUCUGAAGGGCCGGCUUUUGAGGUUGUCAAAUCGAACCGGAAGCCCGAUGACAAGAGCUGCUCGAUUGCCAAGCUACCGAAUGAAGUCCUGACCCACGCUCUCUCCCACUUGUCCCCGAACGAUCUUGCGGCCGUCUCGCUCGUCUCCAAACGCUUCAGUGGCCUAGUCACCACGCCGCACGCCUGGCGCGCAGCCUUCAACCGCUAUUUUCCCGGACCCGAGGCUCUUGUUGACAAGGGGGUUCGGCUCGCUAUUGAUGACGCAGGGGAUACGGUUCGCUCAGAGAAGCGGUCGUUUACGAGGCUUACUGCGCUGGCAUCCUGGCGAAGCGAAUAUAUUCUCCGAACUAGGCUUUUGCGCUCCUUUACCAGAGGGAAGCCCGUCCAGGUCCAAUCCUCUACUGCAGCGCGAUCCGGACAAACGCAGACUAAUGCGCCUGUCACCAUGUAUAAUGCUCAAACAUUCACGACUAUAAAUCACAUCCAUGCAACAUUCGGAUUGGGUCUGAACAAGCGGGUGCCCCGGCUGAUCCACGGGGCUGAUGAUGUCGGUAUGGCGACUGCGAGCGAUCCCACCACCGGCAAGGUAGAUCCAUGGGGUCAAAGCGACCCUAAUUUCUACGCCCAAUUCUCCGAACGCUUUCCUGGAACAGCCGAAUGGGGAUUGGGUCCCGGCGAGGUAGUGGGAUGCCCUAAUGUCAUGGACGUUUCCGUGCCAUAUGGGAUGGUGUACGGCCAAGGCAGUUCCGAGGGCUCAUGCUAUUAUCGCGCCACCGAUGAGCAGCGUGGUCGCUUCGUUGCCGAACCUACGGACUUCUCGAUGCUCGAAGCCGGCAUUCCCAAGCUUGGCAUUGACGGCGGCGCCAUCUGCUGCGUGUGGGCUGCAAAGUCCAACGCCAUUCCUUCGCUUUCUGAAGGUCUCAUUGGACUCCUCAUGGGUUCUGCAGCUGGCGUAGUCUCAUCCUGUAGCCUCGGCACUGAUGGCUUGCGUGGGGUCCGAUUGCAGCGUGGCGAGCUUACUGCUCGCUGGGUCCUUAGCCCUGGUGUGCCCAUUGUCGCCAUAACAGUCGACGAGAACUAUUCUCUUAAGAGGCAAGCCCAGAAUCGCAUCUGGGCUGUCGCUUUGAACGCCCUUGGUGAAGUGUUUUACCUCACCAAGUUUCCGACCCGCAGUCAAGCGCCAAAGGGUCAUAUUAACGAAUACACGGAGUAUCUCGCGUGGCUUACUGGACGGAGUGUCUACUGGAACCUUGUCGAACCGAGUAGACGAACGGCGCGACCCGAUCCGUAUAACGAUGUCGAGACUGACGGAAGCUAUUCGCCACGACAGUCAUGGGACGGUAUGUGCUUGAGCAAAGAGCAGGUCUUAGCCGAGACCAGGGAGAUUCAGAAGUUCCUAUGGAAGCAGCCGAAGGACUUCCGCAAGUCUUGCCUUGGAUGGGACAUGAGAAGGCGCCUUGAGGUUGACUUUGCCGGCGACGACGGUAAUUACGCUGGGGAGGCAAUGGUGGUAUUCGACCGUGGCUUUGAGGAAGGCGAUGUCGCCAAGAUCACGCGGUACACUCGAUGGAAGAUGAGCGAGAACGUCAAGAAUAGCGUUAUCUCGACACGCGCAGGAACUCCUCAGAUUCUUCAGCAGUCUUCUCUCUUUGGCGGUUCCGGCACAGCUACUCCUGAUUUGCCUUACCGCAAGACUACUCAGCGCGCUCGAAGCUCGUCAUACAUGUCUUCCGCCAGUUCUCCCGAGAGGGAGAACCUCGUCGAAGAAUGGCGAUGCUCCACGCUCACAUUCGGUGGGCUCAAGCUCGUUCAGCUUACCACAACUGCGCUGGAUCGUUCUACGUUUGCCACUCUGACGAUGUCUGAAGACCCGGCGCUUGGCUUUUCAACUGCUUCCACAGCAUCGUCACCAUACGCUUCACCAAUGUCUGUUGCUAGCCAGCCUGCAUCUCCCGCGGACAUUCCCGGCCAACGCGCGCGUUUCGUAGCUGCCGGAACGAGCACUGGAAUAGUUCUUUUGUGGGAUAUUCGUGCUCCGGUCUCACGCAGCGCCGAAUUCGGCAACAACAUUGAUCCGGUCCGGAUUAUCUAUACGGAAUCCCCUGAAAUAUCUUGCAUUGCUUUGACAGCAUUGCAUCUUGUGAUAGGUGGGAACGAUGGCCUUGUGCAGGCGUGGGACCCUCUGGCGUCCGACAUGAAGCCAAUACGAACCUUGAACUCGCGCUUCUCGUCCCGCGCUCGUAGACGGCUUGUGCAAGCUCAAGCUUCUGCACUAGGCGUGGGUAUCAAUAUGUUCGCUGCUGGAGCCAUCUGUCUCGAUCCAGACCCGACCGUGCUGCGCGGCGCAGUGUCUCUCGGAAACCAAAUUCGCUUCUGGAGCUACAGCUCCUCAGGUGCAGACCAGUAUAAGAGCAGCAAGCGCCGACUACGUCGUUCAGAACGUGGGAGCAACAAUGCCGGUGAGCGAUUCAGCACUGCUCGCGUGAAUCUCAAGGACUACAUUGCCAACGAAAAGCACGAACUUGAGCGCGAGAAGCAAGAACGAUAUCGCGUGGCAGAACGCAUGGCAGGACGAUUUGGGGUUGAUCUCUUAGGAAGCGAGGAAGAAGCUUUGGCUUAUGCCACUAUGCUUUCUCAGGAGUCUCAUGAGCUGGAUCAAGCACGACGAAGGGAAAGCAAGAGUAGCAGUGCUGUGAGCAGCGAUACCGUCACGCCCGAGCCUAGCAUCCGCGGCCAAUCUUCUUCGCCUGCUGUCGACGACCAAGAGUUUGAUGUCGACAUCGCUGAAGCGAUCCGCCUUUCUCUUCAAGACAGCCCUGCGUCAGGCAUGUAUGGCUCUGGCUCGCCCGCUCCAGGCUUCGAUAUCCCUAUCAAAUAUGCCAAGGGCAAGAAGACGCCGCCGAAAUCAAAGACCAGCCCAACUAGGUCGAAAGCCAAUGCAGCGUCGGGGUCUAGCAGGGAAGGCGAGAUGUCGGAUCUGGAGUUCGCGCUGCAGCUCAGUCUUGCUGAGGAGCAGAGCAGAAAGGAGGCGGAGAGGGAUGAAUUUCCGCCUUUGAGUCCUAGCCCGAGCAGUGGGACUGGCAGUGGCAAGGGCAAGGGGAAGAUGGCUUGA